UAUUUUUCAUCUUCGUCCCACCACUACCGCCACUCCCUUCAAUUCAAAACCCCCAAAAUAAAAAACCCUCCAAAAAAUUCACGAAAACCCUCCAAACAGUUCGAGAAAUUCUUCCGACUGCAUUCUCUCACAAUCUGUGAACCAUAUCAAACAAUGAUGGAUUCCAAAUUCCAUGCCUUACCCCCUCUCAAGAGGUUGAGGCUCUUGCAACAGAAGGAGAAGGAGAAAGAGAAAGAGAAAGAGCAAGUGCAAGAGCAUCACCUUGAUGGCCCAAUUACCUCCACCUGCCUACCGGCAAAGAAGCGCAAAGAAUCCCGAGAACCCGCCAUCGCGGCUGCUUCUGUGGGGGUAUGUCGCUUGCCUGCCAAGAAGAGGGUGUGGGCUGUCCAGCCUGAUUUCAGCCCAAUCAAAUCUGUUUCUCAUUUUGACCUCAAUGUUGAGUACAAUCCAUGCUUUGAGGGGGAGAGGGAAGAUAAAGCGGAAUUGGAAGAAGAAGAGCAAAAGGAAAAGGAAAAUGGAGCGUCCGUCGUGAAUGGUAGUGGCCAAACAUUUGUUGAAACCGGCAGAGAAGAAGGUGAAGAAGAGGAAGAAGACGAUGGGAUUGAAUGUGCUGUGUGUCAGAGCACCGACGGAGACCCUUCGGAUCCAAUUGUCUUCUGUGAUGGGUGUGAUCUGAUGGUUCACGCCACCUGCUAUGGCAAUCCCCUCGUGAAGGGUGUUCCUGAAGGUGACUGGUUCUGCAACCAAUGCUUGGGUUCUCAUUCUUCUCAAAACAAGAAGAAUCCUAAGGCCUUCUCUUGCUGCCUCUGCCCAAACACUGGUGGAGCCAUGAAGCCCACCGAGGAUGGGCGGUGGGCUCACAUAGUGUGCGCUCUUCUUGUUCCGGAGGUCUUCUUCAAGGACCCGGAAGGCCGAGAUGGUGUAGAUCGCUCUAAGGUUCCAUUGAGAAGGUGGAAAGAGAAGUGCUAUGUGUGCAAAAGUUCAAAUGGGUGUGCCAUCGAUUGCUCUGAGCCCAAAUGCCCUUUGGCAUUCCAUGUGACUUGUGGGCUGAGGGAGGAGCUCUGUAUUGAGUACAGAGAAGGCAGGAACAAGGGUGGCAUUGUUGCUGGGUUCUGCAUGAAUCACACUCAAUUAUGGAAGAAGCAACAGCAGACAGGGAAGUUCAAGAUUGUGGCCAGGGAUGAUGACAAGAGGCAAUGAAAUUUGGGGCUCAUGGCUUACAAUUUCAGUGGUAUGGAUCUGCCGAUUGGAUAUUGGGGGAUCAAUGUUAUAGUUUCCUAGUUUUUAGAUAGUUUGUUUAAAUUUGUAGUCUUUAUUAGUGUUUUUUUUUUCUUUUUUUGGUUGUGGUUAAUUGACUAAUACCUCGAUCCCUUUGCGGUUCAUAUGAUCUAGUGGUCAAGGGGAUUUGACUAAGAGAUGCUGGAUUGUGACUUGUGCAAUAAAAAUUUGGAUUCAGUUUGAAGAUCAGGUUGAUUCAUUUAGCCUAGAGGACUUGUACAGUUUUCUUUGCUCUUUGCACACAACUUUGCCCCUAUCUGAAUGGGAAUUCAUAGUAGAUCAUUGAGUUUAGGUUUUCUGUAGGCAAGAGGACUCUAAUAUGGACUUGUUGGAUUCACAUUGCACCAUGUCAAGAUGAGAUGCAUUGCAAAUGUUCUAGGUUCACAACAAACAGGCUUUCUGAGGCUAAAAAGAUAUGCUCUUUGCUCCUGGAGAAGAGCAUAAGAUUCAGUAAGAUUUGGGGCUUACAACUUUUAUGUUAAUGGUGUGGAUCUGCUGGUUGGGAUUUCAGGAAUUGGUGAUAUGUAUUCUGAGUUUAUUUAUAGAGAUAAUGACCAAAAUUGUAUCCUUUGAUGGUUUUCUUUUUUCCUUGUGGUGAAUGGCUUCAUCAAAACAAUAGUAUGAUUCCCACAACAAUAAGUCUUUACUUCUGCUGUAUUGUGUGGUUCUUAUAAUGGUGAAUUUUUUUACUUGUUUGUGAUGGCAUCUCAUCAAUAAUGCAAUUGUAUGGUUCCCAAAUGAUAUUUCUUUA